UCGCCUCGAAUGCUCGAGGAGGAAGAUCGAUGGUGACGUUCCCUUGUCGUUGACGAGAGUAAGACGGAUCUGUGAUGUCGAUCUGUGAACCGUAGACGAGGGUGGAGAACGUGAGAAGAUGAUCGAAGGGUGAUCGGGAAGAGGAAAGUAGGCUUGCUUUGGAAAACUUUCUUUUUCCGAGUGGUGGGGAUUUGUCGGAUCGGGAACCCGGUACGGGACGGUGAAGCACCGAAGAUGAGAAUGGAGUUGCAGAUCUCGGUAUGCCUGACGGCCCUCGUGCUGACGAUAGCCGCCGAGGAGAGGCCGAGGAACACCGUCUCGGUGUCCUCCGGCACGGCAUCGAUCCAGAGCAACACGAUCCAGAAGCUGAUCAAGAUUCUGGAGAAGUACGGGCUCGAGGAGCAGAGGGGCCUGAAGAGGGUCUACCUGAGCAACAGGUCGAUCACGUGCAACGACGGAUCCCAGGCUGGGUUCUACCUGCGGAAGUCGCACGGAUCCAGGAGGUGGAUCAUUUUCCUGGAAGGUGGAUGGUACUGCUACGACCACAAGAGCUGUAGGAACAGGUGGCUCAGGUUGAGGCAUCUGAUGACGUCGACACAAUGGCCCGAGACACGCGACGUUGGCGGCCUAUUGUCGGCGAAUCCCGAGGAGAACCCAUAUUGGUGGAAUGCGAAUCACGUGUUCGUUCCUUAUUGCACGAGCGACAGUUGGAGCGGAACCAGAGCCUCGUUGAACGAUAUGUUCUCCUUCAUGGGGGCAGAGAUUGUACUGCAGGUGGUACGAGAUCUCGUUCCACUUGGCCUCGAGAACGCAAGCUCCCUUCUUCUAGCUGGUAGCAGCGCGGGUGGAACCGGUGUCAUGUUGAAUUUGGAUCACGUGCACAAUUUGGUUCACCACGAUCUAGGCUUGAAGCAUAUCGCGAUAAGAGGCGUAUCCGACUCGGGAUGGUUUCUCGACAGGGCUCCGUAUUCGCCGAAUGGUUUGUCACCGGUUGACGUUGUUCACAAGGGAAUGGAACUUUGGAAGGCUCGAAUGCCGCACAAUUGCGUCAACAAACACCGAAACGAACCGUGGAGGUGUUACUUCGGCUACAGGCUGUAUCCAACGUUGACCGCCCCCCUGUUCGUUUUCCAAUGGCUGUUCGACGAAGCUCAGAUGUCGGCGGACAACGUGGGUGCGCCGGUGACCAAGCAGCAAUGGGAUUACAUACACAAAAUGGGCGACAGCCUGAGACAGACGUUCGAGAACGUUACAGCGGUGUUCGCUCCCAGCUGCAUCAGUCACAGCGUUUUGACGAAAAGAGAUUGGCAAUUGGUCAAGAUCGACGAGGUUUCUCUGGCGCAGGCGUUGCACUGCUGGGAGCAAAUGCCAAUCGGAAAUCAUCGAAACGUCACUCGUUCGCCAAUUGAGACGAACCAGCCGUGCACAAAGUCGUUGCGGAAGCUGGUGCGAUCCGGGUCGACGAAGGGAAACGGAACUUCGUCCGAGGCAGGAAAAAGUGGGAAAGGCGAGUCUGUGGCCGAGUUGCAGAAAGUCAGGGCCCCGUUGAAAUCGGUCAUGGGGAAAACCUCGUCUAACGCCGUGGUGCAGGACAAGGAGGGGAAAAAGAGGAAGAGGCGAAAGCACAAAGGGAAACGCAGGGAGAGGAACAAGGAAGCGAGGUCGAGGAAGGAGAAGCACGAGCGAAGAAAAGCUACGGGUCGGCGUAAGGGUAACAAGCAGAACAACGACAGCAACCACACAGGCAUGUUCAACGGGACGAGGCCGCAGCGGUCGGUGAUACCAUCUGGCAAACGGAAGUGUGUUCAGGGCUGCCACUUCCGGUUAAUCGAACGUUGCACUUGGCCGCAGUGUAAUCACAGCUGCCCGAAGCUGCACAACCCGUUCACCGGUGAGGAAAUGGACUUUAUCGAGUUGUUGAAGAGCUUCGGCCUCGACAUGAAGAGCGUGGCGAACGCGCUCGGCAUAGACAUACAAACGUUGAACAGCAUGGAUCACGACGAGCUGUUAAAUCUUCUUACGCAACGAGCGAAUUAACACGUCGCGCACUAAGAUAAUUCG